GGGUUAGAAUUGCAAGAAACAUCCUGUCAUACUGCAGAAGCUCGCAGGGUUGAUGAAGUUUUUGAAGGUGCUUUUGAGCAAGAAGAAUACACAAAAGCAUGUUCCCUUAAUGAACACUUUGGAAAUGUCUUGACACCUUGUACUGUUUUGCCUGUGAAACUAUAUUCCGAUGCCAGGAAUAUUCUAUCUGGCAUAAUUGAUUCUCAUGAAAACUUAAAAGAAUUUAAAGGUGACCUUGUCAAAAUACUUGUGUGGAUACUUGUUCAGUACUGCUCCAAAAGGCCAGGCACACAGGAGAAUGUUCACAAAACUGAAAAUAAAGGGAAAGCACCUCUAUUAAUCCUGCCUGCUUUGAAUACUUCACCACAUCCAAAAUCCCCAGAAGACACAGAAAGUUUAAAUUCAGAAACUUUUGAUGACUGGUCUGAUGAUAAUAUUUUUGAUGAUGAGCCAACUAUCAAAAAAGCAAAAGAAGAAAAUGAUCAGUGGAAAGAUUUGCAAGGCACAAAUUUGUCUAUUCCAGGACUAGUGGAAUCACCGAAGAUUGGUGAUAAUUCUGCAAGCAUAGUUUCUGAAAACAGUCUUUACAAAGCAGUUAUAUUAGGAUACCCUGCUGUUGACAAAGGAAAACAAGAAGACAUGACAUAUAUUCCUCUCAUGGAGUUCAGCUGUUCACAUUCUCACUUAGUAAGCUUACCUGAAGAGUGGAGGUCUAACUGUAUGCCUAAUUCCAAAAUGAAGGAGAUGAGCUCGUUAUUUCCAGAAGACUGGUACCAAUUUGUUUUAAGGCAGUUAGAAUGUUUUCAUUCAGAGGAAAAGACUUCAAGUGUACUAGAAGAAAUUGCAAAGGACAAAGUGUUAAAAGACAUUUAUGUUCAUAUAGUAAUGACUUGUUAUUUUAGUUUAUUUGGAGUAGACAAUAUGGUUCCUACUCCUGGUCAUAUAUUGAGAGUUUACAGCGGUGUUUUGCCUUGGUCUGUUGCCUUGAAUUGGCUCACAGAAAAACCAGAACUGUUUCAACUAGCACUGAAAGCAUUCAGGUAUACUCUGAAACUAAUGAUUGAUAAGGCAAGUUUAGGUCCAAUAGAAGACUUUAAAGGGCUGAUUAACUGCCUUGAAGAAUAUGAAAGUGACUGGUACAUUGGUUUAGUAUCUGAUGAAAAGUGGAAGGAAGCAAUUUUACAAGAAAAACCAUACUUGUUUUCUCUGGGGUUUGAUCCUAAUAUGGGAGUUUACACUGGAAGAGUACUUAGCCUUCAAGAAUUACUGAUCCAAGUUGGGAAGUUAAAUGCUGAAGCUGUUAGAGGUCAGUGGGCCAAUCUUUCGUGGGAAUUGCUUUAUGCCACAAAUGAUGAUGAGGAACGAUAUAGUAUACAGGCUCAUCCACUACUUUUAAGAAACCUUACAGUACAAGCAGCAGAUCCUCCCCUGGGAUAUCCGAUUUAUUCUUCAAAACCUAUCCAUGUACAUUUUUAUUAGAGCCCAUUUUUGACUUGUAGUGUCAUCAAACAAAGUGUUAUAUUUUCAUCCUAAAAAAGUAACAAUAUGAUUCUUAUAACUUCACUGAACUUCUCCCACCCUAUUCAGAUGCCUGAGCAAAGCUAAGGUCCAUAUAGUUGAUUCUCUUAGCCAUCUUAAGGUUUCAGAAACAGCAGCAACAUUUUUAUGUCUAGCAUGAGUUAGAACUGUUUGUGUCCUAUGGAUUGUAGUAGGGUUUGGUAAAUGAUAAAACAUUUGUAUAAAAUUAGAUAGUGGUUUUAUAAUGCUUUCUUAAAUGUGUGAUGGGUGAGUUGCCUUACAAAAGUCAACAACUAUGUAAUUUUUUAAGUACUGAAAAGAUAUACAUAUCAGUGUUUGUAGGCAGUGAUAAUAGAUUGUAUUCAAGGUUAACAUAAUGUAUAUAUAUUUAUUUGAAAUGUAAUUUUUACAAUAUUUUCAAAUGUGUUAUUUUAUUUUAACAUGUAACAUGGUCUGAAUGUUUUUAUAUAAUGUAUUUCCUUUUCAUAUAUUUCAAUUCAGAGACCUUAAAAAUUUUAAUAAAAUAUUUCCCAAUAAAA